AGGCUGAAAGGUGCACGAGUGCAUGUUGACACCGUCCCUGUGCAGUGUCAGGGUGGACAUAUGGUGUACACUGUGCUAAUGGCGACCGGCGAGUUUAAAGAUCGAUGUAUUGUGCUGUGCGUGCAUGCGGAGGAGUAAAUAGAGAAAAGAGUCCGAGGUGAGCGGGAGGAACAUGGCGGGGCUGACUUGGCGGGGACAGACAUGGCGCGAGGAGGACUGUCUACCCGGCAUCUGGUACCUGGAGAACAAUGUGCGAUGCCGGACGAUGGAUCAGUUGACAAUGGGUCAGCCCGUGGUGGACGAGAACCUGCAACGUUUCUCCGGCUGGUACGGCGGUUACCAUGGCUACGUCAGCCUCUGCGUGUGCCUGUCCGGGAUCGUGACCAACACCUUCAACGUCACCGUCCUCACGCGCCGUAAGAUGCGAACGCCGGUCAACCAGAUCCUGACUGGACUUGCCUUCUCUGACAUGGUGACCAUGCUGAGUUACGUGCCCUUCGCUACACACUUUUACUGCGUUUACACGCCCUCCGACACAUCGCCGGCCAAGAACAGUUACGGCUGGAUGUUCUUCCUGCUGUUCCACAUCAACCUGACCACCGUGACACAUACAGUGUCCAUCUGGAUGUGCGUGGUGCUGGCCAUCGUUCGCUACAUGCACAUCCGGUCUCCCACCCGCGUACCCUCCGUGCGAUUCCGCCGAAUCAGCCAGUCCACCUACCUGGUGCUGUUGGUCUACGUGCUGUCCACCCUGGUCAUGAUCCCUAACUUCAUGACCAACGAAUUAGUGGCGGAGCCGAAUAACAGCAGUAACGAGACGAUAUGGAUGCUCAAGUCCCUGGACCUGGGCAGGAACGACACGGGGUCGCUGGUCCUCGUCAACGUCUGGAUGUACGCCAUCUUGGCCAAGCUGUCCCCCUGCUUCCUCAUGUCUGUCUUCGGCUCGCUGCUUUUGCACCAGCUGCGCAGCAAGAUCAACCAGCGGCGGGACUUCCUCAAGUUCUCCGUGGCCAACUCCAGCAAGCUGCGCGAACACUCGCGCACGACUAAGAUGCUCAUCACUGUCAUCGUCCUCUUCAUCGUCACGGAGCUGCCCCAGGGCGUGCUCAUCAUCCUUAGCGCCACACGCUCGGGUUUCUUCGAUACAGUUUACUUGCCUCUGGGCGAUGUCAUGGACAUCGUCGCUCUGGUCAACAACGCCAUCAACUUUGUGCUCUACUGCUCCAUGAGCACCAAGUUCAGAGAGACCUUCCUCCGCCUCUACUUCCGGUGCCGGACCUACCAGGAGGAGGAGUGCGAGGAGGAGAACGGUUAUGUCCUGAGGGACAAGAACGACUCCUGUUGCAGCAACAACAACUGACUUAGAUUCGUGUCCGGUCUCGGAAUUCUUUUGGGUUGGCAAGCUGAGCUUCGGAAACCAAAGAGCAGAAACGGGUAUCUGGCAGAAAUGGAUACGUGGUAAGAAGCGCCAACAACCCUCCAACAAAGGUCAACCACCUCCUGUGCUUUAUUUUGGGUGAAGUGCUGCGUGGUGAGAAAUAAUUUGUAAAUAUUGAAGUUUACAGAUUAUGAGGUGUUUCUUUCCCAUCGUCAAGUAUUUCUGCCAAACAGCUUUCUUCGUUGAGACAGGCCAGAGCUGAUGGCA